UCUGGGCCGAGUAGUGGUGGUGGCGGACCAGCUGUGGACCUGCAGCGUCCGCCUCUUCGGCAUGCUCGGGCCAGGCCGGGGCGGCCCAGCCGCUAGCUCGGAGCCCACUUGAGCUUGAAGUCAAUGGCCCAAAAUGACUCUACCACUGGAGAUUCUUUGUUGUAAAGAAGACAACCAGGUAGAAGGUUGGGAUGAACAUGCCACUGCAUCAGAUCUCUGCCAUUCCAUCCCAAGAUGCCACCACAGUUAGAGUCUACAGAAAUAAGCCCAAAGAAAAGGAGCGGGAAGAGCAGAAUGAGAAGACUUUGGGGCAUUCCAUGAAUCAUUCAAGCACUAUUUCUAAGGCCGGGGGUCCUCCGUUGGCAUCUGUUCCAGUGUCUGCCUUCUCUCGUACUUCUGUCACGCCAUCCAAUCAGGACAUCUGCAGUUCCAGUGCAAUAUUUUCUGAAUGUUGUCAACACAGUCCUGUGCAGUCUGCUGUUGUCUUGAAAGCUCCUCAAUGCCAGAGUUCUCUGACACCAGGGCUCACUGUGACAGUUAUCUGUAAAGACACAUUACAGGCAUCCAAGAGCAAUUUCUGUGGUUCAGAAUGGGUCCAGGCCUUGAAGCCUUCUAAGAAUACCAAAGACAGAAGAGCCCUAAAGAUUUCAAAGUCCCUAGAUGAUGUGGGUGAGAAGGUCCAGGACACUUUAGGAAGUUUUGACUAUGUGGAAAGAACUUGCUCUGAGGGCAAACUGAUCUUCCCGCAGGACCCAUGUCUCAGAAUUAGCAGGUUUCAUCACAAAGACAAAAGAACCUUGAAUCGCAAACAUCUUGGCAGUUUCAAAUAUUCAUAUGUUUCACCCCUUUAUGCCAGUCAUUCAGCUGCCUCAGUUGUGGGAGCUGGCAAAGGGGGCAUGCACAUCCCACUUUUGGAAGAGAAGGCAGACGGCGAGGCUGCAUCCAGAAGCCAGCGGCUGCUUCGGUAUUUGUUCUCACUUUCGCACAGCUCCAGUGCCAGCAGCUUAUACAGGUUUCAUGAGCUAGAGAGUUGUGUGGCUCAUCUGCACACCGCCAAGUCCUCCAGUGGUCUAGUGGGCAGCAUGGGCUUCUGCUCCGAUGAAAUGGGAGAUGAUGACGUCUUUGAAGACAGCGCAUCUGCACAAUUGAAGACCCAGGCCAUGCGGGCACCUCUGUGCUCAGUGGAGAAGGACAGUGACCUGGAUUGUCCUUCUCCUCUCUCUGAAAAGCAUCCCCCCAUCUCUCCUGGGUCCACAUCAGGGGAUGCCUGCAGGAUCUGUCACUGUGAAGGGGAUGAAGAGAGUCCUCUCAUUACCCCCUGCCACUGCACAGGGAGCCUCCAUUUUGUGCAUCAGGCCUGCCUGCAGCAGUGGAUCAAGAGCUCUGACACACGCUGCUGUGAGCUCUGCAAGUAUGAGUUCAUCAUGGAGACCAAGCUAAAACCUUUGAGAAAAUGGGAGAAGUUGCAGAUGACAGCCAGUGAGAGAAGGAAGAUCAUGUGCUCAGUCACAUUUCAUAUUAUUGCCAUCACCUGUGUGGUCUGGUCUUUAUAUGUGCUCAUCGACCGGACAGCUGAGGAAAUCAAGCAGGGACAGGCAACAGGAAUCCUAGAGUGGCCCUUCUGGACUAAACUGGUGGUUGUGGCCAUUGGCUUUACUGGAGGACUUCUUUUUAUGUAUGUUCAGUGCAAAGUGUACGUGCAAUUAUGGAAGAGACUCAAGGCUUAUAAUAGAGUAAUCUAUGUUCAAAACUGUCCAGAAACAAGCAAAAAGAAUAUUUUUGAAAAAUCUGCACUAACAGAGCCCAACUUUGAAAAUAAAGAUGGACGUGGAGUCUGUCAUUCUGACACAAACUCUUCUUGUUGCACAGACCCUGAAGACACUGGAGCAGAAAUUGUUCACGUCUGAUUGUGUGGAGUGUGUGUAUUUUCCUGGACAUUUGUGAACAGCUGAAGGAAAUUGUUUACUGCCAAUUGUGUACUCUUUCUUAUGCCCUAUAGUAGUAUAGAUUGGGCAGGUGACUGAUUUUAAUGGUUUCUCUUUUUCUAAACCUUCCUUAGUGAAAUAUCUUGGAAAACCCUCACAUUGGCUGUGUCUGGUGGGGUUCCACCUCUGCAAGCAUCUGAGAAGAAAAGGUGGAAUACCCACUGCCAUGAUCCCAUGAUGUCUGACUGGGUUCUUGCUUUUGGUCCUGAAAUGAAUGAAAGAAGAAUGCCAGGAAGGCAAGGGAGUAGGCGACAGUAAGCCUCGCUUUCUUUCAGUUGUCAGCUAACGCUCUUGCUAUAGAGUUGAGGGUUUGGGAAUCUAACCAUGUUGAAAGAUUUCCCACCUUAGGAGAGCCUGGGGAGAUGAGCUCCUUCUGCCAAUGUUGACACUGCCAUUUCUCAUAAGCAGACAGGAGCCAUGGUGCUCUGUAUAGUGGCAAUUAUUCACUAAGCAAAAAGCACUUUAUAAAAAGAGAAUCUUUAUUUUGUAAUGUGUGUGUCCAGGAAAUGAACGUCUCACUUAGAAACCUUCCUGUCAUUACACCAAUGGUCAACUUUAUGUUACAAUGGAUCUAAAGCCUUUUUUGCCUUAUAUAUUCUAAGAAAUGUGAUAUAGGCAGUGUCAAUAAAAGGGACUUAUGGCUAUAAAACAGGACAAAUAAAUCUGAAACAUUUUUAUAAUUAGGAAUUAGUAGAUGCCAAAUGACAACUUGAGCAUAAUUCCUAUGGACCUGAGCCUAUUUUAUGACAUGUUUUUUUGUCAUAGGCUUGCCCCAAAUACUUCUUUUUUCAAUACCAAAAAAGUAGGGUUCAUGAGAUCACACAAAAGGAAGUGGAUAGAAUGAAACUGAAUAUUAAAGAGCUAUUUCUUUGCAAGUCAAACUUCUGCUUUGGCUUCACGUUGAAUGAAUAAGCAGGCACUGCCCUGAUGCCGAAGAUUACUCCUGUGAAAUUCUGUGGGAAACUUCCUGGGACACAGAGGCAGCUUGGCUAGAUCUGAGACCAUGGCCAGGAGUGAGCAGUAACUCCCUAGGUGCACUGUCACUGCCCCUGUCAUACCCAUGCCUUCGGUCGCCUUAACUGGACUGAAUAGACAAUCUUGUAGGAGUCCUUGGCCCCUGUGAUCAGUCUGUUCCGUCAUCAGGGAUAUUACCAUGAUUACCAUCAGGGAUGACCAUGACAGAAUGGUCAUCUCUCAGACCAUUCUCAUGAAACAAUGAAGACCAAAAUCAUUGCCAUCAAAUGGCUUUUGUCCCUUAAAAAGAUUGAUUUAAGUUUUGUUGUAUUUGCCCGACAUUAUGAACAUGUUUUUAAAGAGUUAACUCUAGGAAAACAGAUCAGGAGGGUCUGCAUUGUGACACGAAUAUGCAGAUACUCUCUAGGCAACUUUGCAUCUGCAUUGAUGCAAAUGUUUGGAGAUUGCGGGGAGGAUGGGAGUCUGGCCCCCAGUCCUCUGAGCCUUAGAUGCCUCAUCUCUCUUACUAAGAGAAUGUGAAGCAAACAUAAGAUGAUUCCUCUAACUUUCAAAUGGAAGCCUGUAAUUUGUUUUCAAUGUCAGGAAGAAUCUACUCGAAGAGAUUCUUGACUCUGGGAUAGAGCAUGUGGGAAAAAGCUUUGCCCUUCACCCUCCUCCCACUGGAUAGUCUAAUGGAUGGGAGAAGUGGGUCUGAUAAAAGUUGCUGCCCUACCAUGGCCUUCCUUCUGGCUGGGAAGACACUGUCUUGCCACAGCCAACCUCUGAAAUUAGGUCAGCCUGCUGUCUCUGUUUCCCAGGCCACAUCCAUCCUGUGCGUGUGUGUUCACUGUGCCCGUGUGUUCACUGUGCCCCAAAGUGCAAUUACCUACACCCCUUCUCAACCUGAGGAUACUAGACAGCUGCAGACUGUCCACUCAGGGGAGGUGAACCCAGGGGUAAUCCUGCCUCUACCCCUAGCAAUUGCUCAGGCUAGGCUUCUUGUCCCAGCCGCUCUCACAGUGUAUGAGUGGUCAAGUGAGGCCUGAAAUAGAUUUUAGGUGGGGGUCCUUCCUCUCUCCCCUUCAAUAGGACCCUUUGUGCAGAACUUGAAAAACUUAGACUUCUAUAGAGAGAAAAGUAUGCUUAGGUAGGGACUGUCCGUGGGUACUUACCUGUCCAUUGUGGCUGCCGACCCUUAUGGCAUCGGUACUUUUAUAGUCAUGAUACUUGUGUUGCUUCCGUGUCUAACCAGAUUCUCAUAUGAAAUCUUCAUUUUUCAGAAAGGCCUAGAACCAUCUUAUCUUGUACCCCACUGCCCCAUGCCCAGUUUCUAGAUGCUUGCUGCCUGUGCAUGGUCUUAUCUCCACAUCUCUUCUUCUUUUCUUCUCUAGAAUGACAUAUACACUUUCCUUUCUCUUAUCUUUCAGGUUCUAGCUGAAUACCUUGGAACCCAGUCUUAGUCCUAGCUGCAAUCUCUACCCCACAGAUUUAAUAGUUGUGCACUAAACCUUGACAAAAUUGUGCCGUGUUGACAUCUAGUGGGGCUGCCCAUCUACCAGGUGUUCCUUUAGUCUGUGUCACCUUGCCCUCUGGCUUAUUUGUGAAACCUUUUCCCAUUUCCCCUCAUUUUGUAUCUGGCUUGAGUGGGAUUGUGCUACUUGUAUGAGCCUCUAGAAAUGUUAGAUAACCUUGCAGGUCUCAGGAUCAGGAGAUCUGGCACUUGUUGGCUAGGCCUGGGUGAGAGGAAU